AUAAUAAAAUAAUAAAUUUAAAAUUUUACCACGUGCAUGGCACGUGCAAUCCAACUAGUAUACUUAAAUGAGAAUCCAAAGAAUUAGUGCUCAUGCCCGAAGUAUUGUUUAUGCUAUAAUAAUUUACCGUAGCAUAAAUCAUAUUCAAAUAUGCUCCUUCAAACUUGAAGUUACUAUUUAUAUCAUAAUAAUUUACCAUGUUAUAAAUAGUAAAGCAAAAAAAUGUAUUAAAACUUAAAUCCUUCUUUAAGUAUAGAGGAGUAGAUAUGAUUUCUGAAUCAAAUGCAUUAAAACUUGGAUCAUUCUUUAAGUAUAGAGAAGUAGAUAUGACUUCUAAUUUUAAGCAAACAAUAAUUAAAUUAAAUGUAUAAAAACUUAGAGGGAGACGAGUUGAAAAUGCAGUGCUUAAAAAAAUAGGGGGUCGUGCUUUGCACAUGGUGCACACUAUUUUAUUUUAAAGGGUGUUCUUUUUCUAUUGUUUAUAAGAUUUAUAAGAUAUAAGAUAGAUUUAUUUCUCAAAUAUUUUCCUUUUUGAAAUUCAAAUGGUUUAAGUUGAAGGGUUUUAUCAAAAGUAAAAUAAAACAAAAAUAAAAACAAAAAGUGGCCACCGACCUAAAGACGUGACCAGCAAAUAAUAACUCCAAAAGUUGGUAAAGUGAAGAGGAAACCACAUCAGCUGUCGGUUUCUUCGAGUCCCUCAAAAUAAAAUCUUUAAAUAUUUUGUUCAUCUUAUUAAAUUCCUGACUUCGGUGUUAAGAAAUUAAAACCCUAGAAAAUACGCAACCGCUUCCACUAUCACCCUCUGAUCUCAAUCGAAGAAACAAUGGCGAUCUUUAUGGGCCCCCGCCGUCUCCUCCUCUCUGUGCUCGUGGUCUCGAUCUGCCUUCUCUCCUCUUCGCUUGUUCGCGGGAUUGAUUUCGAGUACUGCAAUAAGAGGGCGAAUUAUCCUGUUAAUAUCAAUGGGGUCGAGAUUCAUCCUGACCCAAUUCAAGGUGGCCAACCAGCUCAGUUCAAAAUCUCCGCAUCUGCUGGAGAUGCUAUAUCCGAGGGGAAGGUUGUGAUUGAUGUGAACUACUACUUUUUUCAUGUUCAUUCGGAAACUAAGAACCUGUGUGAGGAAACAAAUUGUCCUGUUGCUACCGGUGAUUUUGUGAUGUCACAUGAGCAGACUUUACCAUCGUUCACUCCACCAGGUUCAUAUACGCUUACAAUGAAGGUGUACGGAGAAGACGGGAAGGAAGAAUUGACAUGUAUCUCAUUUGGAUUCAGCAUCGGGUUUCUGUCAUCAUCGAUUGCUGACAUCUGAGUGGUCAACAACGCUGCCUUAGUAUAUGAUAUUGUCGCUUAGGGUGGUUUAGUGUACAGUAGUUAUGUGUACGUACUUGGUUCAGUUCACUCCGUAGGAGUUUUAUUAAGAGAACUGAGCUUAUGCAUAUCUUAAUCUUACGCUACCUAUGAAUAUGUAGUAUGCUUCUCUUGAUGAUUU